AUGCCCUCUGAAAUCCAUGCAGUGAUGACUGGGAGGUUUGCCACCAUUUUGGGCAUUGUGUUGGGAUCCUCCAAAUCCUUCGGAGCAGAUACUGAUUCCCAAGUUUGGCCUUACUGAUUGAUGCAUCAUCCUUGCUUGAUUUCUGCCUCUAUGAUGGCUGCUCCUUCUGCUCUUGCCUUGUCAAAUGAUAACUUGGAUGAGUCCAAGUUCAAGAAUAUGAAGGGGGUAAAAUCACCCUGUGCAUGAGAGAAGAAUGUCCUGGAAGCUCUCAGUAGAACCAUGGAUGCCAUAGACCAUUUUGGUAAUGUAGCAGCUAUUCUCAUUGCCUUUAUGGGUGUGUUGUCCUACAUCAAUGUUGCUCUCUCCUGACUAGGAGAAUUGGUAGACAUUCAGAAACUCCCUUUCCAGGUCAACUGCUCCUACAUACUAAAGCCCAUUGUUUUCAUGAUGGGUGUAGAGUGGGGCAGACUUUCUGUGAGUAUGAUGGUGGAGAUCAAGUUCUUCACAAAUGAGUUGGUGGCUUGUCAGCAACUGUCUCAAUAUAAGAACAAACAUCUUGGGGCGCCUGGGUGGCAAGAGUGGAUUGGGGGAGAGAAACAGUGGAUUUCUGUAAUGACAGCUGAAAUCAUUAUAUUUUCACACUGUGGAUUUGCUAAUCUCAGUUCCAUAGGAAUCAUACUGGGAGGGUUGACAUCAAUGGUACUCCACCAGAAGAGUGACUUGUCCAAGGUUGAGGUCAGUGCCCUCUUCACAGGGGCCUAUGUAUCCUUUAUCGCUGCCUGUGUGGCAGGAAUCUUCUAUGUCCAGGGAGCUGAAACUGACUGUGUCUCCCUCCUAAACACAGGUUUCACCAGUAGCACCUACAAGGCCUAUGUGUGCUGCAGAGACCUCUUUCGGAGUUGA